UUCCUAUCCACCCCCGCGUCCCCCCUCGUUCUUGCUCAUCACAAUUUUACAACUAACAACAACAACACGUAGACUCAAGCCGGCGCUCGAUCGCAGCCUCGACGAUCAUCUAAAGAUCGACAUCUGCGCGUCCAGCGUCACGUGUACACAAACCCCUCAGCUUACGCUUCCAAUCUUUCCAUAAAAUUUCUUGAUGUUCGUCGGGAGGAACUACGGCUGUAUAGAAUUGUACGUAAGAAUUGCGCAGUCCUGCCUUCGCUCGUGUUGAGACAAGUAGUGUAUAUAUAGAGAUGAUUAUCCGGUCUUUUUCGUCACGGCUGCUGGUGCCUACCGCGCGGGUGCUCAGGGUUGAAUCUAGACAAUGGCUCGCGAACCCGACCCGUCUGCUUUCAACCUCCCCAAUCCUGCUCGCCAAACGCUCCAAGACCUCGAAAAAGUCCACCUCGGCCAGCGACACACCUGCCUCGAAACGCGACGCAAAGAAAGGAUCUAAAAACGCGCCUGCGGUCGAGGACGAGGACAUUUCAGUGCCGAUGUACGACGUCAAGGAGUAUAAGCAGGCUGCGGACAAGAUCGUCGAGAAGUUCAACGAGAUUGUGCAGCAGCUAAGACUUGGAAAGGCGGAUUUGAACGUGCUUAAUCGGUUGAAGGUUCAGGGAUAUGACAACGAGAAGACGCAGCUCGAUAGUGUUGCGCAGGUUACCUCCCGCGGCGGCCGACAGAUCUUGAUCACCGUCUACGAUCCAGACAUGGUGACAAACAUCCAACGCGCGAUCCUCGCCGCAAACCUCAACAUGAACCCCGUAAUCGACUCCACCAACCGCCAGAACCUGCUGAUCCCGAUCCCUGCCCCGACCGCGGAGACGCGGAAGGAGACUGCGAACGCGAUCAAGGCUGCAGCGCUGAAAGUCCGGACGGGCCAGAACUCGUCUACGGCCGCGAUCGCGACGCUCGCGUCCGCGCGCGAGGACGCGCUGGUCGAGAUUAAAAAGAUGAAGCAGGCGUCGUAUAGCAAGGACGUCGUGCGCUCGCUCGAGACGAAGAUCGAGGCGUUGAAUAAGGAGUACUUGACUAAGAUCCAGAAGGCUACCGAUGCGGCUGUUAAGGCGGUUUUGAGUGGCUAGGAUUUGUAUAUAUCUUGUCUAUAUCUGAACAUAUCUUUAUAAAUGUGUAAUAUACCUUGAACGAAAACCUAUAAUACAACGCAAUAGCUCUAAAACAAUCACCUAC